ACCAACCGCUCCCGUCGAUCGAUCCGUCAGCUCCAUCAUCUGCUGAUUGCCGCCGCCGCUUGCCGCCCAUCGGUCCAGCUCACACUGACCGCUACGUCUCACUCUCUCCUUCCUCUCCUAGCUCACCCUACCUGCUACGAGCCUACGAGUACGAGUAGGGUGUAGCUCGGUGAUCACCACGCGCGCCCACAGGCCGCAGCUCGUUUUAAGCCGGCCGGGCCGGACACGGCAUGCGCUGCCCCGCCCGCAGUCCCGCACGGCAUUCGAUGGCUCCAGCUUCCGCCUCGCUCCUCCCCGCCGCCGACUCCGCCCCCGACGCUGCUGAACAAGAGCAAGAGCAACAGCUCGCGCAGGUCAGUCUCUGCUCACUGCUCACUCUGUCUCAAUCCGGCAAGCAAGGAGGUGACCAGGAGGGAGCGGCGAGCAAGAAGAACGGCCACGGCCAGAGCCAGCAGCAGCCGCCGAAGCUGGAGUGCCCGCGGUGCAGCUCCACCGACACCAAGUUCUGCUACUACAACAACUACAGCACCGCGCACCCGCGCCACUACUGCCGCACCUGCCGCCGCCACUGGACGCACGGCGGCACGCUCCGCAAGGUCCCCGUCGGAGGGGCGUGCCGCCGCCGCUCCGGCAGCGGCAAGCGCCGCAGGUCCUCCGCCGAGCCCCACACGACGUCCUCCGACUCGCCGCCACCGCCGCAGCCGGAACAGCAGGACACGCUUACCCCGCUCCCGGUCUUCCCGUUCCUCACCGACGACGGCCCCGUCUUCCUGCCGCAGUUCGACCUCGGGCUCGCCGGGUUCCAGUGGACCACGCCGACGGCCACAGACCACCUCUACGACGGGCUCGGGACGCCGUGGGGUGGCUGCGACGGGGCGCUCGCCCCCACCGGCGCAUGGGAUGACUUCGGCGGCCUCGAGCUCACCUGGCCUCUGGCGGCCGGAAACUGAUCGGCGUCGUCAUGUCGGUCAGCGUGUCGCCGGCGCGUUCCAGGCUCCUGUUUUAUCAUCGCAGCCUCGAUCGAUCAGCUAGCUGCCUAUCUUUACCAGUCUGCAGUGUGUCUGUGACCAAUCAGACAUCUUUGACCACAGUAGUUGUCUGAUUACAUAGCUCGAUCCAUUUCAGGUUAUAAUUUCAUGUAUGGAUAUAGCUAGCAAACGCAUGAGUAUCCAGGCUACUA